AUGGAGCUCCUGAUCAACCCACCCGAUUCCCAACCGAUUUUCGAUCAACUCAUCCAACAAGCCGCUGAAACUCACGGAUGGUCACAUCAGCCAUAUGACUACAAAUACUAUUCGGAGGGAUUCGAUGGUUACUGGUUUAUAGUGGUAGUGGAUAAGGAGAAAGACCCCUCCAACAAUUUCGUUGCCGGAGGUGCUUUGGCUCGUUGGGACGCACCCAACAGUCCCCCACUAUACGGCAUCGGUCUUUUCUACACAAACGAGAAAUAUCGUGGUCGAGGGCAUGGAAAACUGAUUUUCCAGAAAAUGAUGGAUAUUGUGGGCAACGAUAAUUGUGUGUUGGUGUCAGCAUUCAACAUGUCCCAAAAGUAUGCAGAGGUUUUUGGUUUUAAGGAAAUGCCGUCGUACUGGCAUUAUGGGGCAAAUGUGAGGCCAGAAAUGGUGAAAAUUCCAGAACUAUCGGGGGAGUACUGUACCAAGAACUGGAAAAAUGUUGAUGAGAGCCUCCUAAACGCCUACGACCUGACUAUUUGUCCAAGAGAUCGGAAGAAACUUAUGAGAACUUGGUUUGAGCAGGAUCAGGUUUAUACCAGGGUCGCUUUUGACAACACCAACCAUAAAAUAGUGGGGUACUGUACAAUCCGAGUCAUUAAUCUAAACCGCUUGUCUGUUGCCCCGUUCUACGCUGAAAAUGAAAAAGUAGCCGCACGUCUUUUAGCCGACGUCAUCACGGACAUUCCGGAUUUCAAGAGCUAUGAGUGUUUGCUCUUUUUGUAUCCGUCGAUUAAUGAGAAGAUGGAGAGCCUUAUCAACCGAUUCGUUGGUCCAGAUGGGUACAGUAUCGGGUACAGUACGAAAAAGAGGAAUCAAUUCACCAAGAAGCUUAUAGAAUCCAGAGAUGAUGUGGGAAUUUUCGGUCCGGACGAUGCGCAAUACAAUGAGACGGAGGCGCGAAUGCUGCUCAACCUAGCCGCCGCUGCAUACUCACUGGAUGCCACACCGUGUCUGCAGAGAACCUUCACACCUGCGGAAAACCAGACCUUACUCACCACCUUCUCUGUUAGAUGUGAUUUUAUUGGUAAUCCGUGUGCAGGGUACAUCGUGGUGUCAGACGUCUUGCAACAAAUUACUGUAGUUUUUCGAGGCACCAAAACAAGUAGUCAACUUCUGCUGGAAGGGUGGACUACGCUGAAACCUAGCGCGGAUUUCUAUGGGAUGGGUCUAGUGAACACAUAUUUCCGGUCUGGCCAUGAAAAAACUUGGCAAUACGUCCAGGACGCGUUGAGUAUCCCCCAAUACCGGAAUUAUGAUGUAUAUGUGACAGGACACUCGUUGGGAGGAGCCCUAGCAGGUCUCGCGGCUCCCAGAAUUGUUCAUGAUGGACUCCGUCAAAGCCACCAAAUAAAAGUUAUCACGUUCGGCGAGCCUAGAGUUGGAAAUUUGGAUUUUUCGCAUGCUUAUGAUCAGCUGGUACCCUAUAGUUUCCGCGUCACCCAUGCCAUUGACAUUGUUCCCCACCUCCCCGCGUGCGUCAAAGAUCUCUCCUAUACGCCACCAGCCGGAAGUGACGGAUCCAUGCCGUGCGACCCGAUGAGUACCAACGGUGGCUAUCAUCAUGCUCUCGAAGUUUGGUACCCGGGAAAUAUGACAGUGGGCAGUCCGUAUAUGAUUUGUACGGGGCUGCCGAGAGAUGAGGAUUUUAGUUGUUCGAAUGCGCCGAAAGUGGAUCUGGAUGAUACGACGUUGGGCGUGUGGGAUCAUCGGAACUAUUUCGGGGUGGAGGUUCCGGAUUUUGGAAAAGGUGGGUGUGACCCCACAAUGACAUUCAAAGGACCACCAACCAAGACUGGAGUCUUAUCCCUGGUUAGCAGUGUAUUUGGAAGGAAAAGACGGGCGGUGUGA